GACCACGUUAAAACUGUUGUCUAUGUAAGCAUGGCUAAAUAUAUGGCCAUGCAUGUAAGUACCUAUUCUAAUGCUAGUAGUUAGUAGAUACCUAACCUAAUGAGUCCAGUAGUCCGACUCAAGGUAAUUUUAAUUUAAAUAUUUUUAAAUAUUGUCCGAUGUAAAAUAUUGAAUAAAUAAGUUUUAAUUCUAAAUGUUAAAUGUACCUAAAUAAAUUAUUGAAUUUAACCAGAAUCACAAAUUGAUCCGAUUUGAACACUACUACAGUUGCGUAUUUGAAAAAAUUGUAACAAUUGCUUAAAAAGUAAUAUGUCUGUGAAAGAGAUGGAUCCUGCACAAAAGCUUGUUCUGAAAUCAAAUAAAUGUGAACCUGAACAUUUUAAAAACAGUUCUCACAAGGAUAGAGUGUUUGAAGUACUUCAGUCUUCACGUAACCAGGAUGACAAUUUUUGUGAUAUUAAAUUACUAACAGAUGACGGCACUAUAGUAUUUGGACAUAAAAGUAUAUUGGCAUCAGCUACUCCUUACUUCAAGGCUAUGUUUUCUAGUUUUGCCGAAAGUAAUAAAGAUCUUGUUAUUAUAAGAAAGUUAGAUUCAACCAUUUUACAACUGUUGAUAGACUACAUUUAUACAGGAGAAAUCAUGAUCACUCAAGAAAUUGUACAAGUUGUGUUACCAGCUGCAGACCUCUUUCAGCUGGACUAUGUAAAACAAGUAUGCAUUGACUUUUUACAAAAACAAUUGGAUCCUUCAAAUUGUCUUAGCAUUAAAGCAUUUGCUGACUUACAUAACUGUAUAGAAUUGUUGUCAAGCUGUGAAGCACAUAUUAAAAAACAGUUUUUAAAAGUGGUUGAACAUGAUGAGUUUCUAUCUUUAUCAUCCGGAAAAGUGAUUAAGUUAAUCUCCUGUAACGAUAUUAAUGUUCCAUUUGAGGAAAAAGUAUUUGAAUGCGUCAUUAAAUGGGUUAAACAUGAAUUUAAAUUGAGAAGAUGGUUUUUACCAAAUCUAAUGGAACAUGUGCGUUUACCAUUAAUUUCAAAAGAGUAUUUAUUAGAAAAAGUAGUUGAUGAACCUCUUCUUAAAAAUAAUUCUAUAUGUAAAAAUUAUGUAUUUGAAGCAUUACGUUUUUCUUUAAUUAAGUUAACAAAUACUUCCAGUAUUCCACAAACGAUUUGGAGUAAACCUAGGUUACAACAACAAGUUAUUCUAGUGUUAGGUUGGUCUGACUUUGAAAAGAAGAAUAUUACAAAUUGGUAUGAGCCAGCAACCAACCUAAUGCAUAUUGCACCGAAAAUGAUUAAAUCCCGUGAUAAAGCUAGUUUGUGUGUUGUAAAAGAUCAAUUUGUGUUUGCUAUAAGUGGUUAUAAAUCACAUCUUCUUCCAAAAGACAACUUUAUGCUUGAUAUAUCUUCAUCAUCAUGUUGGGUUCGCAGGAUUGGAACGUUAGUAAGCCGAAUAAAUUUUGGAAUUGGAGUAUUAGAUAAUUGUAUAUAUGCUAUUGGUGGAAAUGAUAUUAAACGCAAUUCACUAAAUAGUGUAGAGGUUUUUAACCUUUUUACUGAACAAUGGAAAAUGGUAUCUAGUAUGUCUAAUGAGAGAUGUAAAUUUAGUGUUGGAAUACUCAAUAACCUCAUAUAUGUAAUAGGAGGUUUGAAUUUGAAAUCUGUCGAAUGUUAUGAUCCCAGUCUUGACAAAUGGAACCCAGUUGCAGAAAUGUCAAAUAGGCGGUAUAAUCAUGGUGUAGGAGUUUUGGAUGGUAUAAUGUAUGCCAUUGGUGGAACUAAUGGAACAUCUCUUAAAAGUGUUGAAGCCUACAGUCCAACUGCUGGAGUUUGGUCGUCUAUUGCCGAUAUGAAUUUAUAUCGAGAAAAUCCUGGAGUAGUGGCAUAUGAUGGUUUAUUAUAUGUUUUUGGAGGAAGUUCUAAUUUGUUGAACAUAUUUGAUAUUUCAAGUUCUGUUGAAAUUUAUAAUCCCAGAACCAAUUCCUGGUUAGUGAAAACAAUAUCAAUAAGUCAUCGAAUUUAUGGAGCAGUGGUAGUUAAUAGGCCACCAUAUUUACAAACUAAUUAGUAGAAACAAUAUCUUUAUUGUGAUUUUAACCUUAUUCAUUUUUGACUGAUAAAUGAUAAUAUAUAAAUUAGUGUUCUAGGUUUCCGUCUA